AUGAUUGUGGGAACUAUGAAUAUAAGAGGGGGUGGUCGUAGAAUCAAAAGAAGGAGGGUUAGUCAUAUUAUCAAAAGAGGGAUGACAGACAUUUUUCUUAUUCAAGAGACGAAACUACCGUUGGUGUCUUAUUCCGUUGCUAAGAGUUUUUGGGGGUCGGAGGGGUUUGACUUCUCGUUCUCUAGCUCCGAAGGUAUGUCGGGAGGUUUGUUGAUUAUUUGGAAAUCUUUUGGUAUGGAGGUGCUUUGUAGCUUUAAAGGUAUGGGUUUUUUGGGGAUAAAAGUUAGACGGCAUAAUUCUAUUUAUUAUAUCGUGAACGUGUAUUCUCCUUGUUCGUUGGUUCUUAAGAGAGAGUUGUGGGGGAAUUUAUUGAGGUUGAAAUCUUCCCAUUCGAAUGGAGAUUGGUUGAUUGGCGGAGAUUUUAAUGCGAUGAAGGAUCGAGAAGAGAGAGUCGGAAGAAUGAUUUCUAGUAACAAUAUAGAAAAUCGGGAGUUCUCUAAGUUUAUAGACGAGAGUAUGCUUGUUGAUGUUCCGUUGAAAUGGAAGAAAUUCUCUUGGUUUGUCGGAAAUGGGAAGGCGAAGAGUAGGAUUGAUAGAUUUUUGGUAGCGGAUAAUAUAAUUCAAGAUUGGGGUGUUGUGGGUCAAUUUAUUGGUAAUAGAGAUAUUUCUGAUCAUUGCCCAAUUUGGUUGGUGUUGGAUCGGGAUAAUUGGGGUCCGAAACCUUUCAAAUGCAACAAUGAGUGGUUUUCUAACAAGGAGUUUAUUCCUUUUGUUGAAAAGGAAUGGAAAGCUAUCCAAGUUUAUGGCCGUGGUGAUUUUAUUCUCAAGGAGAAAUUUCGUAUUAUUAAAGAUAGACUUAGAUAG